AUAAAACUCAGAAACAAGUUCAGAAAGAUGAGAACUUGUUCAAGCACAACACAACCAUCAUGUCUUCAUUCUCAUAUACAACAAAUUAUAUGCUCUAAAUUUUCUCUCUCUUUCUCUUCUCUCUCCUCAACUCUAUUUCAGGGAACUCUGGGUAUCUCCGCUGUUUAACUUGAAUUGGGUACGCUUGCUCUGUUGAUGUAAAAAUUCAGAUUCCUCUGCUUCUUCUGGGUCUGUAUCUAUAUACACAUACAUGUGUUUUCACAUGUGGGUUUGAGUUUUAAAGAAAUGAAUUUGGUAAGUCAAACUGCAAAAUCGAUGUCUAUGCCCAACUCUAGUGUUUCUUGGAAGUCCGGCGAACCCGACCCUUUUCCGGCUGGUCUCCGAGUACUUGUUGUUGAUGAUGACCCGACUUGUCUCAUGAUUUUAGAGAAGAUGCUUCUAAACUGUCUCUACGAAGUUACCAAAUGCAAUCGAGCGGAGAUGGCAUUAUCACUGCUACGAGAGAACAAAAAUGGUUAUGAUAUUGUUAUAAGCGAUGUCCACAUGCCUGACAUGGACGGGUUCAAGCUCCUCGAGCAUAUUGGGCUGGAAAUGGACCUGCCUGUAAUCAUGAUGUCCGCGGAUGAUGGUAAGAGUGUUGUGAUGAAAGGUGUUACUCAUGGUGCAUGCGAUUAUCUGAUCAAACCGGUUCGAAUUGAGGCAUUAAAGAAUAUAUGGCAGCAUGUAGUUCGGAAGAGGAAGCAUGAGUGGAAGGAUAUUGAGCAAUCGGGAAGCAUAGAAGACGGAGAACAGCAACAAAAGCAGACAGAUGAUGCAGAUUUCUCAUCAUCAGCAAAUGAAGGGAGUUGGAGAAAGAGGAGGAAGGAUGAGGAAGAUCAAGUGGAGGAUAGGGAUGAUACAUCUGCGCUAAAGAAGCCACGAGUGGUUUGGUCGGUCGAGCUCCAUCAACAGUUUGUGGCAGCUGUAAAUCAACUUGGCAUUGACAAGGCUGUUCCUAAGAAAAUUCUGGAGUUGAUGAACGUUCCUGGACUCACUAGAGAAAAUGUUGCCAGCCACCUUCAGAAAUAUCGGCUAUACCUCAGAAGGCUAAGUGGAGUAUCACAGCACCAAAGUGGACUCAAUAACUCUUUCGGAGGACCUCCAGACGCAACCUUUGGGUCAGUGUCUUCAUUCAAUGGGCUUGAUCUUCAAGCACUUGCCACCACGGGUCAAAUCCCAGCACAAAGUCUAGCCACACUCCAAGCAGCAGCCUUGGGAAGGUCCACCACCAAAUCUGGCAUAUCUGUGCCCCUCAUGGAUCAAAGGAACCUUUUCAGCUUUGAAGGUCCAAAAUUAAGAUUUGGAGAGGGCUCGCAACAGCCACAACAAAGCAAUAACAACAAUAAACAAAUCAACUUACUUCAUGGGAUUCCAACGACCAUGGAGCCAAAGCAACUUGCCAAUUUGCACCAAUCGGCGCAGCAGUCUUUCAGGGGCAUGAAUAUGCAAGUGAACAACGCCCGUGGAAACCAAAAUAGCUCUUUACUGGUGCAAAUGUCUCAACCACCGCAAUCGAGACCGCAGAUAUUGAAUGAUACCAAUGUAAAUCAUCUUUCAAGGCUUCCAUCAUCCUUACCGCAACCUACUUUAUCAGGCGGGAUGCCAAGUAGUGCUGCUUUUGCAAGAAAUGGAAUGGUUGACAAUGCAAGAGGAGCGGUGUACAAUUCAGUUUCUCAGGCCUCUUCAAUGGUAGAUUUCUCAAUAACCCAAAACACAGAUUUGCCGGGCAAUAGUUUUCCGCUUGCGAAUAAUCCAUCUGCCAUCACAUCGAAAGGGGUGCUCCAAGAAGAGGUUAACUCCGAAAUGAAAGGAUCACGAGGAUUUGCUCCUAGUUAUGAUAUUUUUAGUGACCUGCAUCAGCACAAAUCCCAAGAUUGGGAGUUACAGAAUGUGGGCUUGGCCUUCAAUGCCUCCCAACAUUCAAACAUGCAGGGCUGCCUGGAUGUCCAGCCGUCAGUUUUGGUCCACCAAGGGUUCUCUUCAAACCAAAACAGUUUGCAGAACAGAAAUACUUCUGUUGGCAAAGUAAUGUUCUCAGCCGGGGAAGAGAGUGGACAUGGGAAUGCCCAUAACAUCGACCAACAACUUAAUACGUUUGUUGCUGACAAUUCAUUUAUUAAGGCCGAAAGUCUUCCUGAAGCAAGCUGUCAGAACAUGCUAUUUCCUGAACAGUUUACUCAGGAAGACCUUAUGAGUAUACUACUAAAGCAGCAAGAAGGCCUUGGACAGGUUGCAAAUGAGUUUGGUUUUGAUGGGUAUCCCUUGGAUGAUCUUCCUGUGUAGGACAUGCUUCCUGCUCCAGCUCUAUCUAUUGUUGCAGCUUCUGGUGUACAUAGUUGCUAUUACUUCCGAGUUCAACUCACAUCCUUUCUGCAACUAAAAUGUGAAAAUUCAGUUUCCCUACUUCAAGAACACAUAAUAUUGAUCUGCAUCUUCUGGUUGUGAAUAGCUUGCUGUGCUCAUCCAAUUUGGAGAUUAGGGAUCAGAUAGAACGUUCAUUUCAGAUGAAUCAAAUUACAUUGGGAGUCAUUUGAAGUGGGAGGAAAAGCAUGGAAGGCUCAGCUGCACGAUUUAUGCCAAGGCGUAUGAGCAAAUUUUUGACUGCUUUUGUAGGUGAAUCUAGCAAGAACUAGUGUUUUUCUUGGGCUUGUGAAACAUGUUUGGUGGGUAAUAUGCAAAGUUGGUUGUGCUUUAUGGAUGAUUAAGAAUUUUGGUUCUAAUAAUAUGAUCGAGUUGUUGCUUUAGGGCUUCAAACUAUAUAUAAUGUACAGAUUUCAUCUGAUUGCUCGAGAUACAAGUCUUGAUUGUUUUUUUUGUACUUGUAUGUUUUUUAGUCACUUUUCUGUACUCAAAAGAUUGAAUUCUGAUUUUAUGCUUUUAUGAGCUUUGCUGAUAAUCA